AUGCCAGGAUUGCUGGGAAUGCAAGGAAUGCCAGGAUCCUACGGAAUUCCGGGAGCCGCAGAAGUACUGUGCUCACCAGGUCCUUCGGGUCCACCGGGAAGAAGGGGCGACAUGGGGGAAAAAGGUCGGCAAGGAGAUGCAGGAAUCCCCGGCAAACCUGGCUCAAGAGGCCCCCGAGGGCACAAUGGGCUGACUGGAGAAAGAGGAGGAAUUGGUAACAUGGGGGAAAAGGACAGAGAAGGAAUCCCCAGGAAAAUUGGUCCAAGAGGCUACAAAGGCUCCAAAGGAGAAACAGGAAGCAAAGGCGUGAAUGGUACGGGUUACCACACCAUUAACCAGGAAUGCUCUUUUAACAAACCACCAAAAUACGGCCCUGAGAGUCUAAUACCAGGGAAAUAUUCUUCUACACAAUUCCAAUUCCAAAUUCAACAGAUGGACCUGCAUUGUUAG